AGUCAGUCGACGGUCGACAGGCGACAAUGAAGAACCUCGUUAAGUUGUACCCAACGGGAACGCUUGAUCCUACAAUAUUCUAUUGUCAGAUGCUUGAUAUUACCGUAAAGUUUGAAGAACUAAACGGUAAUUUGGAUAUCUCGAAAUUGUCUGUUAUAAGUGGCGGAAUGUGGACGAUAUUUACAAUAAAAGUUGGAGUAUACGAUAUAGAGAAUGCGAGAAUUGCAGGUAAAUUCAUUUUCUCCGAUAUCGAGUCUCAUAUCCCACAAAUAAAAUGUAACAAUGCUGACCGUGACCCUGAGACAAAAAGCAUCACGUCUAUUAGCAACGAGAAGGGUCCAAAAUGGGUAUACGUUGCUAACAUGUUCCGCGAGGAGCAGGGGAGUAAAUGUGUAGCUUACUUUAGAGACGGUAGUAGAUCAAGUAAACGUAGCCCAUAUAUAGUAUUGGAUUCCCACUUAAACUCAGUCGACAAUGUCGACUUGUUGAUAUUCUGCACUCUCCUACUAGCCAAACAGCUCAAGAAGAGGAAACAGAGCAGCCAGAAAUACAAAUACCUCGUCAAGAAAUAUGGGAGAUUCUCCAAUGACAACUGAAUUAUGUAUUUUUCCUUGUAUUUUUAAUUGUUUCAUUGUUCACUCAUUCC